UAGAACUUGUAGUUGAAACAUUGAGCAAAAAUGGACUGGCUCUUCGGCAAAAAGAUUAGCCCAGAUGAGAUGCUGCGCAAGAACCAGCGCGCCCUGAACAAGGCGAUGCGGGACCUGGAUCGCGAGCGGAUGAAAAUGGAACAGCAAGAGAAGAAAAUCAUCGCCGACAUCAAGAAAAUGGCCAAGGAGGGCCAAAUGGAUGCAGUGAAGAUCAUGGCCAAGGAUCUGGUGCGCACGCGGCGCUAUGCGAAGAAAUUCAUGCUCAUGAAGGCAAACAUUCAAGCGGUUUCCCUCAAAAUUCAGACGCUCAAGUCCCAGAACACAAUGGCCCAGGCAAUGAAAGGUGUCACCAAGGCCAUGCAGAACAUGAACCGCCAGCUGAAUCUCCCACAAAUACAAAAGAUCCUGCAGGACUUUGAAAAGCAAUCGGAAAUGAUGGACAUGAAGGAGGAGAUGAUUAACGACGCCAUCGACGAUGCCAUGGAGGACGAGGGUGACGAGGAGGAGACCGAUGCCGUCGUUUCACAAGUGCUCGACGAGUUGGGCCUGCAGUUGGGCGAGCAAUUGGGAGACCUGCCCAAUGCCUCCGGCUCGCUGUCGGUAGCCGGCGGUGUUGGGGCGCAGAAGACUCCUGCGGCUGUGGCUGCCGGUGGUGUGGGAGCAGGCGGGGCUGGUGGCGGCGGCGGCGGUGGUGGGUCAGGUGCUGGCGGUGGAGCAGCUGGUGGUAGCGGUGGCACCUCGCCCAUGUCCGAUGCGGAUGCCGACCUUCAGGCGCGUCUGGACAAACUACGAAAGGACUAAGUCUGAGAGAAUCUGCCUGCCGUUUUCCAAUCAUAUUUUUAUAAAAGUGAUGCCUACCUGUUUCAUCUCGCUUUCGUGUAUUUUUAAAGUGCAAAUGUUAUUAAAUAGAGUGCUUGUUCAGCGCCCCGCUUCUUCCACCCGA